AUGAAGUUCAAAAAACAGGGACCAAAGCACCUUGAAGAUUUACACGUCAUAUUUGACAAAGUACAUGUUACUACGGCCAGUGCUUCUUGUGCUGGAGAUAUAUCUUCUGAUGAAUCAAGUGAUGAUAAUGGAGUUCCUUUGGAGAAACCCAAUGAUAUUGCUGAAAUGAAGGAGGCAUCUUCGACGAAACCAAAACCAAGCAAGAAGCGCAAGCAACCUUCUAAUGCAAAUGAGGAGAAGGAAGAGAAGAGUCCAUUCUUACGAUUGUACAAGCAGACAUGCGAGAAAAUAGAAAGUGGAGUGGAGAAGAUAACUUCAAGUGUUGAAGCAUCAUCCGCUCCUCCAACAAAUCAUGUCCCUACCAUUUCAGAAGUCAUGAAGAUGGUCAAAGAAUGUGGUGUGAAGGAAAAAACUGCUCUAAUGCACACAACCCUCACUCUUAUUGUGAAACCCGAGUUUAGGGAAAUCUUCAAUGUUCUUGAAACAAAAUAA